AUGAAGGUUAUCACUUCGGUUCUUACAGGUGCCUUGCUGCUGAUGGCUGUGGGUGUUCACUCCCAGAAAGAGGACAGUGAUGAGGACAUGCCAGCUGCACCUUGUAGCCCUGGCUGGUUGGCGCAGCAGGACUUGACCUUUGUUUUGGAAUUUGGCGACAACAUUGAGAGCUUUUCAGUAGUAGUUCCCUCCACUGGGGAGAAUACAGCUGGAGAGACUUACUUGACCGUUGGUGAUAUUCUGCAGGAUGCUGGUGGAGCAUCCAUCGGAAGAAUCUUUGAAACUGGAAUUCGCAUGAACGAAAACCCAAAUGGAGGAGGCGUGGAUGAAGGAGAAGCCCCUUCCUAUUGGUACUUCACUGGCACACUGCACAACCCCUUUGGUUGCGCUGGAACAAUCACUUAUGCUGGGCCCUACUUCAACGAGGGUGAUACAGGCGUCUUUACCAUCACUGGAGGGAGUGGAGAUUUCCUUGGUGCCUCUGGCGUCAUCCAGGACACAUAUGACGGAGACUUGGAUGUGUCCGUACGUGAUGUGGAACUCAGCAUAGGUAUGAUGCACGGCGGUAUGAUGGGCUAG